AUGAGAAGUAAUCCUCUCAAGGGUGUGGUAGAACCAUCACCAUCCGAAACAGGCUUGACCAAAGCGCUUGGGGAUAUGACCACUAUCCUCACGCAAAUACAAAAAGAUCAGAAGGAAUACUACUCCAUCCAAGCCAUCGAAGCCCCACCCCUAGUUGCUCAACUUGAAGGCCCUCCUAGAAUUUAUGGUUUGUGCUCUAGCACUACACAUUACACCGAUCAAUGCCAUCAAAUUCAAGAGGAGCAUGCCCUUAUCAUAACCAAUGUGAAUUACAACAACUGUCUGCCCUAUCCUUCUCAAGGCCAAAACAACUACUCUCAUGGUAGUAAUCAAAAUCAUGGGUGGAGGGAUAAUGCACAAGGGAGCAAUCAAAACCAAAGAUGGAACAACUCUUCUUCUCAUUACAACAACAACCAAACUUCAUCUCAAUACCACCAUAACAACCACCACCAAGCCAACCAAAAUCACCACAACCAAAACCAAAACAACUACACCAAAUACUAA